AAUGUGGCCAAAGGGGGAGGGAGUCGUCUCCGUUGGUUACCCGAGCACAUCAUCUUAGUCGCUGUUCCACAGCCACAGAGUUUGCAUUGCACGUAUUGGGAAAGAUAGAUAGUAUCAGAGAGAGAGAGUAUAUACUAUUUUACACGUUACUACAAGAUACACGGGGGAAAAAAAACAAAAAAAAACAAAAAACUAUCGAGUAAAGCAGUGCAAUUAUUGAAUAUAAAAAAAAAUAAUGCUGCUUCUCGCCGGUGUAUAUAUUAUACGUACGUCAUGGAUUUAAAUAACAGUCCCUGGAAACAUGAGAACCCAAGCCCAAGGCUCUCUGCCAGUGCUCUCAGCAAACUAUUCUUUUGCUGGCUUAAUCCACUUUUUUGGUAUGCCAGGAAACACGAUCUCGAAGCCAAGGAUCUCCACAAUGCUUUGCCCUGGGACCUCAGUGCCCCAUUGGGCGACAGAUUGGAAAAGAUGUGGAAGCUUGAGGUGGAAAAAGCCGCAAAGAGCAAGAAGAAGCCCAGCUUGUUGAAAGCUGUGGCCAACACAUUCGGGUGGUCCUUUCUCCAGUACGGAGCUCAAAUAUUGUUUUUGAGCCUAGUCAUUCGCAUAAUCCUUCCUCUGACGAUGGGCGUAUUGAUCUAUCACUUUGACCCGUGCUCGACCACGACCACUUUGGAUGCCUUUUUACUUGCCUCCGGUGUCGUUCUCAUAGCUGUUCUGCAGGCUAUCGUACACCAUCACACGAACCAGGGAUUGUUGGAAGUCGGCAUGAGACUCAGGAUUGCCUGUUCGUCGUUGAUUUACAGAAAAACGACAAAACUAUCAUCCGCCGGUCAAGCCGCGGGAGGUUUGAUAAUCAACUUGCUGUCAAACGACGUUGCGAGAUUCGAUCUUGUAUUCUUGUUUUUGCACUACGUCUGGAUCAUGCCGAUCCAAGGGGUCCUGGUUACCUAUUUAAUCUGGAGGCAAGUCGGAAUCUCUUCCCUCGUCGGUGUCCUGUUCAUUGUUGUACUCACCCUCCCGGUCCAAGUUUAUUGCGGCAAAUUGGUGGGAAUUUUGCGCAAAAGAGUCGCCGCGAGAACGGACGAGAGGGUACUGCUGAUGAGCGAAAUCAUAACUGGAAUCAAAGUCAUCAAAAUGUACACCUGGGAGAAGCCUUUCGAGAAGCUCGUGUCCUUUGCCAGGAAGCACGAAGUUGACGUUCUGACCGUAUCGUCCUACUUGAAAGGCACAACCCUGGCUUCUUUCGUAUUUAUAGAGCGCGCCUCGUUGUUUGUCACUAUCGUGGCCUACGCGCUCCAAGGGAACACCGUAUCUGCCGAUAAAGUUUUUACGAUGGCGCAGUACUAUAAUCUCUUGCAGUUGACGAUGGCAAUCUACUUUCAACACGCGGUCGGAUUGGCCGCCGAAGCCAAUGUUUCCCUCAAACGAAUACAAAAAUUUUUACUCCUCGAGGAGAUGGAGGCCAGUGGUGGGGCCAAAAAAAUGCUGGCCAUCAACGACAGCACGAGUAUUUUCAUCAGAAACGUCAAGGCUUCGUGGUCAGUGAACAUGAUCGCCAACACCUUGCACAACAUCGAUCUCGUCAUACCCAAGAAAAAACUGUGCGCUAUCGUAGGCCCGGUAGGCUCGGGAAAGAGUUCUAUUCUAAAAUUGAUCUUAGGUGAAUUGAGAGAGUCGAGCGGACACGUACAGGUGACGGGUAGCGCGUCGUACGCGAGCCAAGAGCCGUGGCUGUUUGGCGGCUCCGUGCGCAAUAAUAUAUUGUUCGGUGCCCCGUACGACAAAGAUAAGUACGACCGGGUGACGAAGGCUUGCGCCCUGCCCAAGGAUUUCGAGCAGCUCCCCCACGGUGACAAGAGCCUCGUUGGCGAGAGGGGCUCCAGCCUAAGUGGCGGCCAGUGCGCGAGGGUCAACUUGGCCCGAGCUGUCUACAGAGAUGCGGAUGUGUACCUGCUGGACGAUCCCCUUUCCGCGGUCGACAGCGACGUCGGCCAAACUUUGUUCCAAAAGUGCAUCAAGGAGCACUUGGCGGCGAAAACCCGAGUCCUCGUCACCCAUCAGAUUCAGUACUUGAAGGAAGCGGAUGUCAUCAUUUUAAUCAACAACGGUCGAAUCGAGUUUGCGGGUACGUUCGCGAAUUUCCGGAAGAAUCAGGAUUUCCUGCGCCACCUGCCGUCCAGCGGCGAGGAGGAUAAAACGGUCGCGGGAAGCGUGGAUUCCACGAGCGACAACGCCCAAGUGUCCUUGGUUGUGGAUCCCAAGCGCGAUGAGAACGAGGACAAGGAGCCGGAGGAGACGGAGGAGCUCAUGGCCAAGGGAAACGUGGCCAAGGGCCUGUACUGGAAGUACUUCCGAGCCGGAGGAUCGUCGCUCGCUCUGGCGGUGUUGGUCCUGUUGUUCGUCGUCUCGCAGUUUUCGAGCAGCGGCUGUGACUACUGGACCGGGUACUGGACCAGGCAGGAGGAGCGCAAAACGCGGGACCACAUGAGAGCCGCCAACGCCUCCGAUUGCGGGGCGAUGGAGCCCACGGGUAACUCGACCUUCGACACUGAAAAAUACGAAACGGCAAAGUACCUCGACAGAGACACGGCCUUGUACGUGUACACUGGCCUGAUUGUCGGUACGAUCGUGUGGACGGUCGCGAGGAACGCACUUUUUUUCAAGAUCUGCAUGAACGCGAGCAAGAGCCUGCACAACGGGAUGUUCGCGAGUAUUCUGAGGGCGCCCAUGCGGUUCUUCGACAUCAAUCCAUCGGGUCGGAUAUUGAACCGGUUUUCCAAGGACAUCGGGGCAGUGGACGAGAGACUGCCCAUGGCCAUGAUAGACUCGUUGCAAAUAUACUCGGUGUUGCUUGGGAUUCUGCUGCAAGUGCUGUUGAUCAAUUGGUGGUCGAUUUUUCCUAUGCUGAUCAUGGGGGUGUUGAUAGCGCGGAUAAAGGACAUUUACCUCUCUACCGCUCAAGCUAUCAAGCGACUCGAGGGAAACGCAAAAAGCCCGGUGUUUUCGCACACCGCCUCGUCGUUGGCCGGUUUGACGACGAUUCGCGCUUGCCGGGCGCAAAGCAUGGUGUGCAAGGAGUUCGACGCGCAUCAGGACCACCACACGGCCGCCUGUUCCCUCAUCAUAGCCACCUCGACGGCAUUCGGCUUCUGGCUGGACAUCAUAUCGGUAACGUUCAUCGCCUUCGUGACGUACAGUUUCAUCGUGAUUAGCGACCUGUUCGGCGAAGCCGGGGAGAGGCCGUUCGCCGGCAACGUCGGUCUUGCCAUUUCCCAGUCGCUCAUCCUCUGCGGGAUGCUGCAGUUUGGUGUUAGACAAACGGCCGAGACCAUAGCUCAGAUGACGAGCGUCGAGAGGAUAUUCCAGUUUACCGAUCUCGAGCAGGAGGGGCCCUUCGAGAGCGAGCCCGGACAACGGCCCCCCAAGGAAUGGCCCUCCGAGGGAAGGGUUGAGUUCAAAUCACUGUACCUCAGAUACUCCGACGAAGGCGAACCUUCCCUCAAGAAUCUUAAUGUCCUUGUAACGCCUGGGAUGAAGGUUGGCGUGGUCGGUCGCACCGGUGCCGGAAAAUCGUCCCUGAUAUCCGCUCUGUUCCGUUUGGCGAAGAUCGACGGCUCGUUGCUGAUCGACGGAGUAGACGUGAAGAAAAUCGGUCUUACCGAUCUGCGCGGCAAAAUUUCCAUCAUCCCCCAGGAGCCCGUACUGUUUUCGGCGACGCUGCGCGACAAUCUCGAUCCUUUUCACGAGCACGACGACGCAUCCGUCUGGGCAGCGCUUCGGGACGUCGAGCUCGACAAAACCUUCGCCUCGCUCGAGCACCCGAUAGACCGUGGGGGCGGCAACCUCAGCGCGGGCCAGCGCCAAUUACUCUGUCUGGCCCGAGCCAUCGUCAAGAGAAACAAAAUUCUCGUCAUGGACGAAGCCACCGCCAACGUCGAUCCCAACACGGACGAUUUGAUUCAAAAGACCAUAAAGGACACAUUCAAGGAUUGCACGGUGCUUACAAUAGCGCACAGGCUGAACACGAUUAUGGACAGCGAUAGGGUGUUGGUGAUGGACGCAGGUGUGGCCGUUGAGUUUGACCACCCACACGCUCUGCUGCAAAAACUGGACGGGCAUUUUUUCCAAAUGGUGCAAACCACGGGGGAUACCAUGGCCCAGCAUCUCAAGCACAUUGCCGAACGUACUUUCAACGAGGACUCAAAUUUGACGGAUCUAGUUCCUGAUGGCGGUCAAAAGAGCGCCGACGAGGAGUAAUUUUCAAACUUGGCACAUUUACUUUUCGAAUGCUCGUUUAAUGUCAUUACGUCAGCCUUACGAUUCAACGUUGUACAAAUCAUUGAAAUUAAUUGCGGGCACUCGAAUAACUCUCGCGUCAUAUACCUAAAACAAAUAACCAUAAACAUACGAGACAAAAAGCUAGUGUAGAAAUAAAAAAGGUUUUAUUCACUACUGUACUUAACUUAUACUAAUGCACGUUUUUUUGAAUGUCGUAAUUUUGUAAAACGUACACGUUGUAAUAAUGGUAAAGCAUUUAUUAAAUUUCUAAAUAUAUUUUAUGUACUUGAUAAUAAAAAAAAGAAAA